UACCCUGGACCGCGUACACAUCCUCAGCGAAAGAAGCCGUUAAAUUUCAGUUUCCAAAUCCCAACGUCAAGGCCAUAGCACCCGGGAACAUAUAAAUAUUCCCAGCUCAUACCGAGCAAUAUAACAACACCAACAGGUAAUUUGUUCUUCAAUAGCAUUUUGUUAUUUUGUUCUUCAACAUUCUUUAGCAUUUGUUCUCCAACAUUGAGGACCAUGAAUACAGACUGGAUGCCCACCCGGUGGUCAGAGUGUUUUGAGGAGAUGUUGGAUGAGGAGCUGGGCAGCAGUGACCAGUGGGCUUUCCACUUCAACUACGGCCUGACAGAAACACUCACCAAGGAGGAGAGGAGGAAAAGAUGGCAGGUGUACAGCCACUGUGCCAACGGACAGUUCCAGUGUGGUGAGUGUUCUAAGACAUGGCCGUCGGCACGGGUGGUGGUAGUGUUCCGUUAUCGGCUGUGGGAUGAGACAGGCCGGGGGACCGUCCUGAUGCGGCCUUUCGGCCAGGCAUGCAGACACUGCCGGGAAGAGUUUGAACUUCCAGGCUUUUCAAAGAAUGAGGUGGAAGAGGCACUGCUCCGGCUGUUUGUAAAUAUUAGGAAGAACUGCUAUGGAGAGGAGGAGGAGGAAGAGGAGGAGGAGGAGGAGGAAGGGUCAGAAGGAUCAGAGAAGGUGUGGAAGAGGCCCCAUGAGAAAGCCCUGUGUGAGGCCUGCAGACUGGGCAUCUGCUGUCAAGAACAGUAGAGGAGAGAGAGGGGGGUGGGGGGCACAUAGCCUAACGUUGUCUAGAAUUCGUUGUAAAAAUAUUAAAAACAGCGCUAUUUAUAAUGUUGUGCUAUGGACUUUAGAGUUGUGCAAUAAACAUGUAUUAUGUGUAAUAAACAAAAUCGGAAGACUUU